GGCUUCGGCGGAAAUGCUCCUGCGACCACGCAACGCCGGCCUCGCACUUCCGGCAGGAGGAUCGCGGCCGGGAGCGCCCGGGCCGAGCCUCAGACCUGGACCGUGAGCCCUGCACCCGGUGACCAUGGAGAGGAUGGGCUCGGCCCACCAGCCCCUUAGGUGAGGACUCCGCCCAGGCUCCGAUAACCAUCCUGAUCAUGGAGUGAAGAGAACUCCUAACCAGGCCACGUUCUUGCUGAAAGUCGUGGCGCAGGUCCAGCGGCUCUUCCUGCCCGUCUUCAGGAGAGGUGCCUGCCCCCGCCGACCCCAGCUGGGAGCAGCUGCUUCCACAGAUGGGGAGGUGGGCCCUCGACGUGGCCUUUGUGUGGAGGGCAAUGUUGACCCUGGGGCUGGUCCUUCUCUACUACUGCUUCUCCAUCGGCAUCACCUUCUACAACAAAUGGCUGACAAAGAGCUUCCACUUCCCCCUCUUCAUGACCAUGCUGCACCUGGCCGUGAUCUUCCUGUUCUCCGCCCUGUCCAGGGCUCUGGUCCAGUGCUCCAGCCACAGGACCCGCGUGGUGCUGAGCUGGACCGACUACCUCAGAAGAGUAGCUCCGACAGCGCUGGCUACGGCACUUGACGUGGGCUUGUCCAACUGGAGCUUCCUCUACAUCACCGUCUCACUGUACACAAUGACCAAAUCCUCAGCCGUCCUCUUCAUCUUGAUCUUCUCUCUGAUCUUCAAGCUGGAGGAGCUGGUGAGGCCCCAGCAUCCCCUGAGUCCCUCCUACCCCCUCAGGUGCGGGCGGCGCUGGUCCUGGUGGUCCUCCUCAUCGCCGGGGGCCUCUUCAUGUUCACCUACAAGUCCACGCAGUUCAACAUGGAGGGCUUUGCCUUGGUGCUGGGGGCCUCGUUCAUCGGUGGCAUUCGCUGGACCCUCACGCAGAUUCUCCUGCAGAAGGCGGAUCUUGAACCCCAUCGACACCAUGUUCCACCUGCAGCCACUCAUGUUUCUCGGGCUCUUCCCCCUCUUUGCCAUAUUUGAAGGUCUCCAUUUGUCCACAUCUGAGAAAAUCUUCCGUUUCCAGGACACAGGGCUGCUCCUGCGGGUACUUGGGAGCCUCUUCCUUGGCGGGAUUCUUGCCUUUGGUUUGGGUUUCUCCGAGUUCCUCCUGGUUUCCAGAACCUCCAGCCUUACUCUCUCCAUUGCCGGCAUUUUUAAGGAAGUCUGCACUUUGCUGUUGGCAGCUCAUCUGCUGGGCGACCAGAUCAGCCUCCUGAACUGGCUGGGCUUCGCCCUCUGCCUCUCGGGAAUAUCCCUGCAUGUCGCCCUCAAAGCCUUGCACUCCAGAGGUGAUGGCGACCCUAAACCUUCAAAGGGGCUGGGCUCCAACCCCGACCUGGAGCUGCUGCUCCGGAGCAGCCAGCCAGAGGAAGGGGAUAAUGAGGCGGCGGAGGAGGAGGACUUUGUGGCCCAGGGGUAGCAGCGACCAGCCUGGGGAGCAGCUUUGAAGCAGGCCGCUCCCAGUCUUCAUGCUGAUGGAGCUCAGGGACCAGGUGGUUUCUCACAGCAGCUGGGAGCAGCGGGCCAGCAGUGUCCACGCUGGGCCUCGGGUAGCACGGGACCCAUGGUGGGGCCGAGUCGGAGAGUUGGCCAGAGGGGUGAGCACCAGGCCAGAACAGGCCUCACGCUGUGCUGGAGUUGCAGCGGAGGAACGGAGGGCUGUUCUCAACUGCUUGCCAGGCUCUGGCUGCCAAGAUCAUGAUUUCAGAGGCAUCACAGGUGUCUAAGGGGCCUGGGCCUGGACUGCAGAGCAGUUGGGAAGGGGAGAUGGAGAGCUGGGGGCUUAUCACCUGGACAGCUCUUUGCUCUGAGAGCAGAUCUAUUUAUAGUUUGGAAAUAAAGGGUUUACAGUCCACUA